GUCAGUUUUUCAAUCAUGUUUUCACAAGUGAUUAUUUAGAUUUGUGCAAUCGACGCAUCCGCGCGUGCAUUUCGCCUGGUCGUCGUUGAAUUUUUUAUAUUUUCGGUGUUACAAUAGGGCGCAAUCCGACGCCAAUUUCGUGACCGAUAUGUUGUGCUACUCGUAACGCUACAAGAACCCUGCGGUGCGCCGUUCGUUUACAAGGAUUUUUAUCAUGGAGUCCAUAAGAAAAUGGUUCUACAGGCCUAAGAGAGACGAUACGUCGCUGCUCGCACAGUUUUUUUACGCGGAUGAAUCUCUGAACGCGGUUGCCUGUGAAUUGGACUCGUUCGACGGUCGUCAAGAGCCUGAUAGAUGUACGACGCUUGUAAAUCAGCUGCGACACUGUCAGGACAAAGUUUUGACGAUAUGCAAUCAGAUCAUGGAUGAACUUAUCCCCGAGCACAGAGCUAACCGAGAUUUUAGAGUGAAAUUUCCCGACGACGUGAUGCAGGAGAAUUUAGCUGGACAACUUUGGUUUGGCGCCGAAUGUUUGGCAGCUGGUUCGUCGAUCAUCAACAGGGAAGCCGAAAGCUCCGCCAUGAGACCGCUGGCCAAGGCUUUGACCAAGUCUUUGGAAAUUGUCAGAAACUUGCUAAGAGAUCACGCUCUCAAAGGUCAAAUGAACCUCAAGGUAAUUCGAUCGCAUUCUAUCGUACGGGACGCGCCUCCUCUAAACACUUCCUCUUAUUUUCUACAGGCUCAAAACCCCUUGGAGCCGUCGUUGGAGAAACUAAUCGAGUCGUUGAAAAUAUUCGAUCGUUUGUUUGCCGAUUUUGAGUUGUGUUAUGUCGGGGCAAUGGUUCCGGUGAAGUCGACGAAGGAAUACGAACAGCAGGAAUUGGUGUGUGUAUUAUUUUCGGAAACGCUUCAAAGAGCCUUGGAACGAGGACUGCUCGGUCAAGCUGACGUAGACAACUACGAACCAGCUCUGAUGUUCACGAUACCACGUUUAGCAAUUGUUUCUGGGUUAUUAGCGCUUCCCGGUGGUCCUCUGUGCUUGAAUUCCGCUGAUACACUCAGCGAAAUGUUCAGACCAUUCAGAACCUUGCUUCUGAAAAUAAGAGAGAUACUGUGGACGUUGAACAAUCGUGAACUCUACAUGCUGGAGAAACUUCUUUGUUCCAACGAAGAACCUUCGGCGCCUAAUAAUAUUACGCAAACAACAAAAUCAAACUGUCAAGAAUUUCCCGACCUCGAAGAAUUUGUACAUAAUUUUUAUACCGGAUAUCCAAAUUGUAAAGAAUUUAUCGUUGAUUUUUAUACCGUCACUAAAAACACUGGGAACAAUAUGGACGAGGUGGCGAAUGACGCGGUUCAAAUACUGGACGAAGACUGUAAUAAACGAACGGAGGAUUCACGUAAGAUUAGUAACGGUGCGUUAAAAAGUGCAGAUUAUAGAUCUCAGAAUGACAGUAGAAGUAAUAAAAAGUGUAAUAGAAAUAGGACAAUAAUAAAUACGAGGCAGGAUGACUUAAUACCGUCGAAUGACGGUGCGGACGAACACCAUUGCGUCGCUGAUGGGAAUUCGUUAAUAGAAGAGAGGGCGAUAAUUCAUAGUCAGAAUGGGUACUCGCGCGUCGAGGAAAGGGAAAGUAGUAGUAGUAGUAGUAGAACGUGUUGUGAACAUUUCAGGGAAGCGAAUAUUCGAGCAGACAGCAGUUUUCACGGCGGGACAACAUCGGACUUCAAUGAAUUUUCUAACGAUUCAGUUCCUAGGCAAGAAGACUUAAUUUACACCGAAGUUGUAAACAACCCGGACCAGAAUCAGUCUAGAAGCGCUGUGAGUUUAACUGUAGAAAGUCAGGGGAGUUCGAACGGCGGCGUUUCUCAAUCUACCAACAGUAAUUUCCGAGAAGAAAGUCGACCGAACGGCUCGAACGCUGACGAAACCAGCUAUCUAAACCCUGACAUAUCACAGAUUUUGGAAGCAUCCGACAAUAUCGAAAUUUCGCAAACUCAAUAUCUACUUAACCAGGUUUCUCACGAGAAUAACGUUACCGGCGAAGGAAUUCACAUACAAAAUUCCCUCCCUGAUAUCGAUUCGAAAAAAUUAUUAUCCGAAACUAAUAAGACAUUGUCCAGUUUAUUGUCGGACGGAGAAUGUCAAAACGAAAUAUCCGAACAAACUGAUUCGGGUAUAUGCACUGUGAUAUCUUCUGAAAACACCAGUCUUUACGACAAAAGUCCCGAAGAGAAAAAAACAUUUCCAAAUGAAAUCGAACAGACUGCUCAGCAUCACCAAACUUGCGACGAGGAUGAAGAUAACGAAGAGAAUACCAGUUAUUCUUGUUCGAAAAUCAACUCGCCGAAACGAAAGAACUCCAAUAUAUCGGAGAAUUCCUGCGUUUGUAGUUUGAGGAGUUCAAAAACUGUAACUUCGCUCGAUAGUUCGAUAGAAGUUCACGCUUUGGGUUCCAGUGGCUUGGAUACGACUAAAAACAUUCCGAAAAUAUCAUCUAAUUUCGACGGCACGAACGAGGAGUUCGUCGGAUUAGCUUACGGGAACGGUCAGAUCUCUGUUUGCGAAUCGAAUCAGACAAGUUUUCAAAUAAAUUAUUCCGAGAAUUGGGAGAAUUUAAACUUAAACAUAGACCCUUCCACGUCCAGAAAAGAAUUCUGGAGCGAUUUGAAGUGCGAAAAUUGUCCGUCGACGUCACAGAAGAUCGACACUAUCGGUAACAAGAUUGAAAAAUACGCUCAGGACAAAAUAGCCAUUAAAAAGUUGAAAGAAGACAAACAGAGGCGGAGAUAUCUCAGAAAAUAUGAAAGACGAGGCAACAGAAAGGAGCACGAUGAAGUUGAGAAGGUUGCACGUAGUAGCGUUCAAAAUUUACAAGUACCAACAAGUACGGAAAGUUCAAGAUCUAAUUCCACCGACCGUAGCAUGAAUCCUCGACUGGCAACGUUCGGAGCAACUUUACAUCCGAGUCAAAAUACGCGGCAAAUGCCCAAUUUCGGUAGCCAUAGCCCGCACAUGAGCCCGCGUUUACAUCACUUUGAAACAAGAGGAACCCAGAGUAGUCAAUACACGGCAACGUCGGUUCAAAAAUUUCACCGAAACUCGUCCAUUCAAAACCGAAAACUUUUGGAUCACAGAAGAUCGAGAUCAGAACAGUUGGCCAGAAUGAGAAGAAGAGAUUCUGUGAAACGUGAUAAGCAUGAACAUAAAAUGGGAAUGGGAUCCGAGCAUGUUGGUAAUAUUAAAAAGAAAAUGGGCUUGAGAGGAGCAACGACCUUAAUUAACGAUGGUUUGGGUCGUAGAACGGAUAAAAGUGGCUUAGCAACGGAACCCGCGGCGGCGGAAACAUCAUCUGAAAACGUUCAAUAUCAAGCACAAAGUUCAAGGGGAAUUUUUUCCACGAGUGUAAAUUCACGAAGAGCACCGCCGAUGAGGCUUGUAGAUCCCGCGGUCAUUGCAAGGGCGCGUUCAAAUAGUUUGGAAAAAGUUCUGGUACAGAGGAAGGACAGGGCUUCUGGUUCAAGCUGCUCGAGUUGCUACGACUCAAGUUCGGAAACGAGCGAAUUUCAAAGCGACUGUCAGGACGACGAGGAAAUCGCUCUGGCCAUGCAAGCUGCUGAAAUCGCCAACAGAAACCAAAUUAGAGCAAAGUUCAGGUCUUCUGAGGAUCUAGUUCACCGACUGUUCGUCUGCAUAGCGGGAGUUGCCGAUCAAUUGCAGACUAAUUUCGCGUCGGAUUUACGAAACAUUUUGAAGUGCGUAUUCCUGAUGAACAGUAGUCAGACUCCGGACGAGAUAGAACCCGAAAAAUCCGAAAGCAUCGAUUCCUCUACUCAAUCUGAGAUCGCGCAAAUCGAGUCUGAAGAAAGAACAAAUGACAACAAUCCAGAUGCGGAAGUUCGCGACGAUCGUAAUGAACUGGACGAAGUAACGCCCACAAAUGAACGAAUAUCGCCUGUGACGGAAUGUGGAGAAGAAUGCGUGGAACGAGCACCAGCUUGGAUUCCAGAUCAAGAUGCCCCAAGAUGUAUGGCCUGUCACUCCCCUUUUACCGUAGUAAGACGAAGACAUCAUUGCAGAAAUUGUGGUAAAGUAUUUUGCGGUAGAUGUAGUAACAACAACGUACCAUUACCGCGUUACGGUCACACAAAACCAGUUAGAGUUUGUAAUCGUUGUUUUCUCUAUCAAGUUACGCCCUUUACAGUCUCCCAGGUUACGGUUACGAGUUGAAUUUUUAUUGCCUUAACGAAAAAAAAUCAUCGUAAUAAUGAAUAACUAAAAAUUCAAUGCAAUCAUUAGUGGACGACGUCUGUAUUUAUUAAAUACACUAUACGAUAAUAUAAUGUCUAAAUUUUGGCUGCAAUCGUUGAAUUUAGAAAACGUAUGCGAAUGCUUUCCUUCGGAGUAACAGACUGCUUAAAAAAUAUUCCAAAAAACAAACAAACAAAAAGAGAAAUAUGUAUACAUAAAUAAAUAUAUCGAAUAAACAAACGAAAGCAAAUAAGAAUUGAUCCCUCUAGCAACUUCCAUUAUUUUAACACGGUUUCAUCACGGACUUUUCAAAGUCUUAUCAUAUUGGCACAGAGGGAUAUUUUUAUUUUGCAGUUUCUACUGCUCAAAAAUAAGCAAUUCUAAAGACAAGGUAUGCCUCGAAUAAUGAUAUAUGUAUGUAUGCGGAUCCCGUUUGAUACGACCGACGCACAGAAAAAAACAACACACUAAUCAGAUUUCAAUAGUGGCGAUAUAAAUAACAAAUUAUGAAUAGUUCAAAAAUUUACGUAAAACGAGCGAUGAAUAUAAAUUCUGUAUAAAUUGAAGAAACAUUUGAUUCAUUUGAUUUUAGUCUAGUUUAUUCCUUUUUAUAAACGUCUGAGGUGAUAUUGUUAGUUUUAUUUUACGAUUAGCACAUCUUUUUUUAAGCUAAAUAUAGCGAUAACGAUAGACUUGAUAAUUUUUACAUAAUUGUUAAAUUAGCCGGUGAUGAAACAAGAAUAAAAUUGCUGAGUGUUCAUCAUUAUUUCCGUACAUGAUAGUGAUUUAGAUGUAACGUCAACGUCAGAAUUGUGAAAAAAUUUGAUAAUUGAUGAAUGCUACCGAUUUCAGGCGCAAUGAAACGAAAUGAAAAGAAAUAAAAAAGAACUGCAACUCAUAAACAUCACUAUUAUACAACGCUGCAAUUAUAUUUAUGCAGAUUUUUUAGCAAAUUCUCUAUGUGUAGAUUGCAAAUCACAAACUAACAAUUUAUGAUAGGUUACAUAUUUCAGACUUGUUAAUAAUGCGGUCGAAAAAUGAUUGAAUUUUAUUGUCGUCAUUAUUUGACAGGCGGUUAAUUAUUCAAUUCGACAUAGUUUUUUUAUUUUAGUAAAUAUCGUUGUGUGACGUCGCGGUUUACCUGUAAAUAUUUUUGAUCAUAAAACAUACUAUUAGUAUAAAUUGGAAAUACACAAGUUGACGAACACGUGAGAAUUCGAAAAGACUGUUUUGAUCGAAUGUUAAAGUAUUAAAUAGAACGGAUUUGAAUGACCUGAUAAUAUAAUCUGAUAUCUAACUAAAAAAAAAGAACAUGAUAUAAAUCUCUAAUAAAUAAUUCCAUUUUGCAUCACAUUUCUGCGUACAAUAUCGAAUUACCGCGCUCCAAUUAAUCCGUUUAAUAAAAAGAUACUAUACGACGAAACGAAAAUAACCACUGAAAUUAAUCAAUUAUUAUUAUAAUUUUUUUUUUUAUAUAACUGACGAGCAAUAAUAUGUUUUGUUUAAUCAACUAUCCCUAUAUAUUAAUGUAAUAAUAAUAGAAAUAAACAUAAUUUCGUUCUAUAGUUAUAUGUCAAAUGAAUAUCAAAAAUCAAAAUUUGUAAUCAAGAAUUUACGCAGCCACUCCUGCAUUCGUGGCGAAAAUGUUACAGCAAUGUAUACCUAUAUUAAUAUGCCUAUGAUAGCUUUUGAUUCGAAGCAGCAGUCAAAUCGAUUCAAUUCUCGAAAUAUUUUCUCUAAAAUACCACCAAUACAUGAUAGCUGAUAUUAUAGAUAUCGAUUUCUGUACAGAAAAUUGAAAUUCACGUAAAACUUUAAUGAAUAAUUAAAAAGCCCGCUAUAAAAAUUUCAAAUUCUCUUCGCCUAUCUCAUUCAAAUACCAUUAAAUACCUAAAAAAUAACGUGUUUAACAUUCCCAGUAAUAUGAAAAAGAGGUAAAAAAAAAUUAAAUAACAAUUAAAGAUGUUCAUAAUAAUAAUAUUAGCAAAAGAAUCCAGUUCGGAUAAUUAGAUGUGUUUGCGGAACGUUGUGAAAAUCCAGCGAAUAAAAACCCCAUACGUCAAACAGGGAUGAUUCUUGAAACAUUUUUUGUGAGGAUAAAAUAUGACCAAAUAUUGAAAACGAAAUUUACAAAAUAUGAAAAAGAAAAGACGAGAUUGAAGAAAUUGUAUUUUUUAAAUAAUUGACGCCUUGGUAGGAAAAAGAAUACCCAUGUAUUCGUCAGAAUUGAAUUGAAAAAAAAAAAAUUAUGAAUAAAAUUUUUCUCAUGUCUAAGAUUAAUCAAUAUAAUGUCUCACAAAAAUUAGUUAAAUUAAAGGAAAGAAAAAACGGAAAAAAAAGAAAUGAAAAAAACUGAAUAACGAAAAACGAAAUAAAAAUUAAAUUCUAAUAAAUAUUCCUGUUAGAAUUAUUUUUAUAUUAUUUGCCUAACAAAUAUAGUUGUAUUACGUAUCCGUAAUAGGCUUUGGCUGACUAUGCUUAUAUGACGUAUGGAUAAGAAACGAAAAAAUGUAUGUAUAUUGAAUAAAAAGAACACUAAACUAAUGGCAUAAGUUCGAAAUACUAUAUUAUACAUACAUAUAUAACUAAUAAUAAUCUCCGAAUAAUAAAGUUUUAUGUCGCCUAAUGUUCCACGAUUAUUGUAGGUAUGUAUAAGCAUAGUCGCUGUAUGAAAAAAAAUAGCGGAAAGAGAUAGAAAUGAUAAGAAAAUGGAAAAGAAAGGUAACAAAAAAAUUAAAAAAAAAAAAAAUAUUAAAUUAAAACGUGCGCACUUAGAAUUUAACGAUAUAACAAAUAUUAUGUAUUGUGAAAUGUGUUUGACCAAUAUUCGAUACAUUAUACUUAUUUUGGUUUUGGUUAUUAGAAACUUAUUAAAACAUGAAUGUAAAUAAAAUUUGUUAUUUAAGA